AUGGAUUCGAUAACAAUUCACGAAAAUUAUAUCCACCGUGGAUCUGUAUCUAGUACAGAAUCCACUCAAUCCACCGAUCUGGAACAUUCUAGCUUAAGCCAUCGCAAGUCACAAGUUUCAUUGAUUUCCAAUUCAUUAAUCUUGCCUCGGCCGCCAGAGUCAACUACUGCUUUAACCCUUGCGUCACUUCAAGCAGAUAAUGUGAGUAUUGCAGCUAGUUUAGAAGCCAGCAUGAAUGCUAGUAUAUUUAGCGACGAAGACACAGCAUUCAAAAGCUUCCCUGAAACACAGACAGCAAUUGAUCUUGGAUUUCAGCCCAAGAAAGCAGAUUCCAGUGAUGAUGUUGACGAGUUCUUUUCACAACAAAAGCAUUUCUUUAUAUUGUCAGCAGCAGGAAAACCAAUAUACUCGAUGCAUGGAUCAGACGAAAUACUUACUGUUCACGCGGGAAUUAUUCAAACGAUAGUUUCUUUCUUCGAAUUUAACCCAGAUGGGAAAACCGAACAAUUGCGAUCGUUCAUGGCAGGAGAGAAGCAGCAGACUAGGUUCUUUUUCUUGAACAAAUCGCCAAUAAUUUUAAUGGCUACCUCUUCAUUAGGGGAAAGUGACAUUCAACUCAAUCAGCAGCUUGACUUCUUAUACAACUUCUUACUUACUAUAUUGAGCAAACCCCAUAUUGACCGCGUUUUCCAAAAACGAGAUAAUUUCGAUCUACGAAAGCUAUUAGGGAAGGCUGAUAUUGCAUGUUUGGACUCAAUUUGCAAUGAUAUGUCCAGCUUUAAUAACCCGGGACUUGUCAUUGGAGGGCUCGAAUGUUUGAAGAUGCGCAGGUCUGUUAGACGCAGAAUUGAGAGUGUCAUGCUGGCGAAUAAGUCUGAGAAUUUACUGUACGGUCUUCUGGUAGCUCCCAAUGGAAGGCUGAUUACAGUUUUGAGGCCUCGACGUCAUACUUUACACACAUCAGACCUCCAGCUUUUGUUUUCUAUGAUUUACAACACUAAUACUUUCAAAACCACUCCAAUUGAUAACAAUUCACAAGAGCUCGCUGCAAACGAAGAGUUUUGGGUUCCAAUAUGCUUUCCCAAGUUCAAUCCAAAUGGAUUUUUAUACUCUUUUAUUCAAUUUGUCGAUCUGAAAGAAGAGAAGUUGAUGCAACUGCAUGAUUUGAAUAUGGGAAUUCUCGACGAAGAUCUAGAUCCGGAUUCUAGCAAGAUAACUGUCAUACUAGUCAGCGCUUAUAAAGAUAGUUUUUUUGAGAUGAGAAAGAUAGCUAACUCGAUAGUGAAGUCUCUCAAACUUAAUCGCACACUUUUCAGAGAAUUAUUCAAAGCAAUUGUCGGCACUCAAGGAAUCAAUGGAGACACUGGACCGAGUUCCGGAAAAGUUGAUCCUGUGGAGAUUCCAGCACCUCUCGUCCAACAUUUCGUCUUCAAAAGCAAGAAGCAUACACAAUUUAUAUUUUCAAGGCUGGCGCACUAUAAAGACCCUAACGAAAACAUGCGUGGUCAACUGAUGUUGAUGUACUCGCACCUACACGCUAGAUUUGCAACUUCAUCCAAAACGGCGGUUCAACCCAAUGAGAGCGAUAUAUUGAAAGACAGCCACUUCAUAAAUCUUGUUAAGUGGGCGUAUCUCAAUGAUACUUUGGUUGGUCUGUUGAUCACUACUUCAAACUAUGAACUCUAUCUUAUUACAAAUGGUGGUAUCAUGGACGAAAAGGUAUUAUUGCACUCGUGCAAGAACAUCAUCAAGUGGUGUAAGAAGAAUCAAGAGAGGUUGUUUAUUUCUGGAGGUGCUAUAUUCUAG